AUGCAGCUCUCUAAAACAUUUACCCUAGCGCUGGUGGUGCUGACGGUGGUCCUUGCGGCGCGCAUCCGAGCGGCACCACAGGCCGACGACCAGGCGAAGGCGAGCCGGAACAACCUGCUCCUGCGAAGAGGCAAUGUCGGGCGACCCCUGGGAAGGACGACACCCACCACGACCACCACGACCACUCCAUCCCCAGCGGACUACGCCGAGGACGAGUACGCCGACAACUACGACGAGGGCAAGGGCGAGGACGGUGGAGACGACGGUGGCGAUGAGGCCGGCGGAAAGCAGCCGACGACGACCACCACCACGACGGAGGCGCCGAAGAAGAUCCGCCCCAGCAUCCGCCCGUUCCGCAGCAACGACGAUCUGCUGUCCGCGCUGAAGAAGCGCCGCCAGGAGUCGAAGAACAACAAGCCCGUCGCCGCGGCACCGAAGGAAAAGGUGUACGAUGACGAGGAGCCCGCGCCGGCCCCGGCUGCCCCCGCCAAGACCGCAAAAGCUCCCGCAAUCGCACCGAACAAGCGGCGAUUCGGAAGUGGCGCACGAAAAGACGACCACACCGUGACGGACGCGUCGAACGACGGUGAGCAGAGCGGGGCCGACGCCAACGGAGGUGGUGCCGGGGCCAAGUCGCUGAUCGGGCGCCUCGGCCGAUCGCGGUUCGCGCUGAAGCAGUGA